AUGCCGAAUUCAAGUCCUCCAAAUCAAGAAAACAAUGGUAGUUUAAAUUCAGAAACAAUAAGAUGUAGUGCUGAUGGUAUAUGCGAAAUUAAUGCUACUUCAUCAAUGCAAAUUAGUACGACAAAGAAUUCAAAAAUACAAAAUGAAUAUGAACAACAACAGCAGCAAUUUGUGUAUGAUUUAUGGAUUCAAGUUGGCAGUCCUAUAUAA